GUGUGUGUUAACAGGACAUUUUCACUGAACAGUUACUUUCAAAUAAUUAUUUUUUUUUGGUUCAGUCUGUCCUGAUCCGAAUAACAGGCGUCGGCAGUGGGUGUGGUUAAUUGGUUCGAGGUUAGAUGGUACCGGUUCGACCAGCAGUAAGUGUUGGGACACAGAGCAGCUCCAUUGUACGCCACCUGUUGUAUCCAGUUUGAAAUUCCUCUCAACCCCAGAGUCGUAAGAAUGGGCAGACGUCUAUUCUCUCUCAGGCCCCAGAUGUUCCCGUCUCUAUCUGCCAUCCUGUGUUUGUCCCUGCUCCUCCCAGCACUCCACUGUAACAACAACCUGCUGUGUUACUACAGCCCCAUCAUGUACCGGAACAAGACCUUUGACCUCAUCCUGACAGAGUGCCCUCCCGCGGAACUCUGCAUGACGGGCAACGGUCGCUAUGGAAACCACAGCGCCCUGUCCACCCGGGGGUGCAUGGCGUCGACGGGCUGCGGUCAGAUACACCCUCUCCCACUGAAAGGAACUGUUUACACCAUGACGUAUGCGUGCUGUGGCUAUAACUACUGUAACGCAGGACGCCGUGUUGCGGUUAAUUCGGUCCCCCUCGUUGCGGCGAUGACUAUGCUGUUAUUAACGGGCCUGUAACUCACAAUCCUCCUUUUUUUUAGAUAGGUGCUGGUUCUUAUAGAGGACGUGAGGAGUACGAGGGAUUUGUUGGUUGAAUAGUUUACUGCUGCAGACUCAGUCUAACCAAUCGGAGGCAUGCAUCAACCUGGAGAAAUAAUAAUAAUAAUAAUUAUUAUUAUUAUUAUUAUUAUUAUUAUUAUUAUUAUUAUUAUUAUUACUUUUUUCUUAACCAAAUACAAGAUUAUGCAUUUGGCUCCUUUUUUUUUAUACAGAGAAAUUAAUGUUUUUAUGAUUGUGAAAUAAAUGUUUUAUACACUAACUGGACUGA